CUAACUCCUCCUCUCACUAAUUUACGUUGCGACCACGUUGUUCUCUGGAAGAAGGUGCCGACUCGACUGUAGUAUUUUCGAGGAGAGACCAUGACCACUCAUCUGCAGCCUUUGCUGGAGCGACAAAGGCACCCCUUCCCUCCGAGAGAGCCUGUCAGUGAAGAAAAGCUGCAGGAAAAAGCUCGGAAAUGGCAGCAAUUGCAGUCCAAGCGUUACAGCGAGAAACGAAAGUUUGGUUUCGUGGAAGCUCAGAAAGAAGAUAUGCCCCCAGAGCAUGUUCGUAAAAUCAUCCGUGACCAUGGAGACAUGACUCAUAGGAAGUUCCGGAAUGACAAGAGAGUGUACCUAGGGGCGUUGAAGUAUAUGCCUCACGCAAUGCUCAAACUCUUGGAGAACAUGCCAAUGCCAUGGGAACAGAUACGUGACGUUACUGCACUGUAUCAUAUCACUGGUGCCAUCACCUUUGUCAACGAGAUACCCUGGGUUGUCGAGCCUGUCUACAUCGCUCAGUGGGGGACCAUGUGGAUCAUGAUGCGUCGUGAGAAGAGAGAUCGGCGUCACUUCAAGAGAAUGCGAUUCCCUCCCUUUGACGAUGAAGAGCCUCCCCUUGACUACGCUGACAAUGUGUUGGACGUAGAACCCCUCGAGGCAGUACAGAUGGAUCUGGACGACGUUGAGGACGCAUACGUCCACGACUGGUUCUAUGAUCACAAACCUCUUGUGGGAUCAAAGUAUGUGAAUGGGGCCACCUAUCGGAAGUGGAACCUGAGUCUGGGGAUCAUGUCCACCCUCUAUCGCCUUGGAAACCAGCUACUCACAGAUCUAGUGGACGAAAACUACUUCUACCUUUUUGACCUCAAGUCGUUCUUUACUGCCAAAGCUCUUAACCUCGCCAUCCCAGGGGGUCCAAAGUUCGAGCCUCUAGUCAAACACACUCAAAUGAUAGGAGACGAGGAUUGGAAUGAGUUCAAUGACAUCAACAAGAUCAUCAUCCGUCAGCCUGUUCGUACGGAGUACCGUAUUGGCUUCCCUUAUCUCUACAACUCACUGCCCAAUCAUGUCCACCUGUCAUGGUACCACACCCCCUCCGUGGUCUACAUCAAGACAGAGGACCCUGACCUCCCAGCAUUCUACUUUGACCCCCUCAUCAACCCCAUCUCACACAGGCAUGCCUCAAAGGUGAGUGAGCCAGAGCCGGAAGAGGACGAUGAGUUUGUGCUCCCUGAGAUUGUGCAGCCAUUCCUAUCUGACACGCCCCUCUACACGGACAAUACGGCCAAUGGGAUCAGUCUCCUCUGGGCACCACGCCCCUUCAACCUACGCUCCGGAAGGUGUCGCCGUGCACUGGAUAUCCCCCUGGUCAAGACGUGGUUUCAGGAGCACUGUCCCUCAGGGCAUCCCGUGAAAGUGAGGGUGUCCUAUCAGAAACUGCUCAAGUGUUUUGUGCUCAAUGCUCUCAAGCACAGACCUCCCAAAGCUCUCAACAAGAGGUAUCUGUUUAAGUCUUUCAAGUCUACAAAGUUCUUCCAAUCCACUAAACUAGAUUGGGUGGAGGUGGGGCUGCAAGUCUGUCGUCAAGGAUACAACAUGCUCAACCUGCUCAUCCACAGGAAGAACCUCAACUACCUCCAUCUUGACUACAACUUCAAUCUCAAGCCUGUCAAAACUCUCACAACUAAAGAGCGAAAAAAGAGUCGUUUUGGAAACGCUUUUCAUCUCUGUCGAGAGAUUCUACGUCUCACGAAACUUACGGUCGAUUCCCACGUUCAGUAUCGCCUUGGCAACGUCGAUGCUUUCCAAUUGGCCGAUGGGUUGCAGUAUAUAUUUGCUCACGUUGGUCAGCUGACUGGGAUGUACCGCUACAAGUACAAACUCAUGCGGCAGAUACGAAUGUGCAAGGACCUCAAGCACGUUAUCUACUACCGAUUCAACACAGGCCCGGUUGGCAAGGGACCUGGUGUGGGUAUCUGGGCUCCUGGCUGGAGAGUGUGGGUGUUCUUCAUGCGUGGUAUAGUCCCUCUCCUCGAGCGUUGGCUAGGCAACUUGCUCUCCCGUCAAUUUGAGGGACGACACUCGAAGGGCGUGGCCAAGACAGUUACCAAGCAACGAGUGGAGAGUCAUUUUGACCUUGAGUUGCGAGCGGCUGUGAUGCACGAUAUUCUGGACAUGAUGCCUGAGGGCAUACGUCAGAACAAGGCCAGAGCCAUCCUGCAGCAUCUCAGUGAGGCAUGGCGAUGCUGGAAGGCCAACAUCCCCUGGAAGGUUCCCGGGCUGCCCAUCCCCAUAGAGAACAUGAUCCUUCGUUACGUCAAGUCCAAAGCCGAUUGGUGGACAAACACGGCCCAUUACAACAGAGAGAGAAUCCGGCGCGGUGCCACCGUCGACAAAACCGUCUGUAAGAAGAACCUUGGUCGAUUGACACGUCUCUACCUCAAAGCCGAGCAAGAAAGACAACACAACUACCUCAAGGAUGGUCCAUAUAUAACCUCCGAGGAAGCCGUGGCGAUAUACACGACGACCGUCCAUUGGCUGGAGAGCCGACGCUUUUCCCCAAUCCCCUUCCCCCCACUCUCGUACAAGCAUGACACAAAGCUCCUCAUACUGUGUCUGGAGAGGCUCAAAGAAGCGUACAGCGUCAAGAGUCGACUGAAUCAGAGUCAGAGGGAAGAGUUAGGUCUCAUUGAGCAGGCUUAUGAUAAUCCUCAUGAGGCAUUGUCACGUAUUAAGAGGCACUUGCUGACUCAGCGAGCCUUCAAGGAGGUGGGCAUAGAGUUCAUGGACCUAUACAGUCACCUUGUCCCUGUGUACGAUAUUGAGCCCCUGGAGAAGAUCACUGAUGCAUAUCUUGACCAGUACUUGUGGUACGAGGCGGACAAGAGACGAUUGUUCCCACCGUGGAUCAAACCAGCUGAUACUGAACCACCUCCUCUCCUUGUGUACAAGUGGUGUCAGGGUAUCAACAACUUGCAGGAUGUGUGGGACAUGGGUGAGGGAGAGUGCAACGUCAUGAUGGAGUCACGAUUUGACAAGCUCUAUGAGAAGAUGGAUCUCACUCUUCUCAACAGAUUAUUGAGGCUCAUCGUUGACCAUAACAUUGCCGACUAUAUGACAGCCAAGAACAACGUCGUCAUCAAUUACAAGGACAUGAACCAUACCAACUCGUACGGGAUCAUCCGUGGUCUCCAGUUUGCCUCCUUCAUAGUGCAGUACUACGGGCUGGUGUUGGACCUCCUGGUACUGGGCCUGCAGCGAGCUAGUGAGAUGGCCGGACCCCCUCAGGUGCCCAAUGACUUCCUCUCCUUCAAGGACGUGGAGACUGAGGCCAGCCAUCCUAUUAGGCUCUUUUCACGUUAUGUGGACCGCCUCCACAUAUUCUUCAGGUUCACAGCAGAGGAGGCGAGGGACCUUAUCCAGCGCUACCUGACUGAACAUCCUGACCCUAACAACGAGAACAUUGUCGGCUACAACAACAAGAAGUGCUGGCCACGCGAUGCUAGGAUGAGACUCAUGAAGCAUGACGUCAAUCUGGGUAGAGCUGUGUUCUGGGAUAUCAAGAAUCGUCUCCCUCGCUCCAUCACAACCGUCCAAUGGGAGGGCAGCUUUGUGUCCGUGUACAGCAAGGACAACCCCAACCUCUUGUUCAAUAUGAGUGGCUUUGAGUGUCGUAUUCUGCCCAAGAUCAGGACCACUUUCGAAGAGUUCACUCAUAUAGACGGUGUCUGGAACCUGCAAAAUGAGGUUACCAAGGAGCGUACAGCACAGUGCUUCCUACGAGUGGACGAUGAGUUUUUUGGACGAUUCCACAACCGAGUGAGGCAGAUUCUAAUGGCGUCCGGUUCCACCACCUUCACCAAGAUUGUCAACAAGUGGAACACGGCUCUCAUUGGUCUCAUGACAUAUUUCAGAGAGGCGGUGGUCAACACCCAAGAGCUGUUGGACCUGCUCGUCAAGUGUGAGAACAAGAUCCAGACCCGUAUCAAGAUUGGUCUCAACUCCAAGAUGCCCAGUCGAUUCCCCCCUGUCGUGUUCUAUACCCCCAAAGAGUUGGGGGGUCUGGGCAUGCUCUCCAUGGGUCAUGUGCUCAUCCCCCAGUCUGACCUCCGCUGGUCCCAACAGACUGACCAGGGGAUCACUCAUUUCAGAUCCGGUAUGAGCCAUGACGACGACCAACUCAUUCCAAAUCUGUACAGGUAUAUCCAGCCGUGGGAGAGUGAGUUUAUUGACAGUCAGCGAGUGUGGGCGGAGUAUCGUCUCAAGAGGGCAGAGGCCAAUGCUCAGAACAGACGACUUACUCUCGAGGAUCUAGAGGACUCGUGGGAUCGUGGUAUCCCUCGCAUCAACACCCUCUUCCAGAAGGACAGACACACACUGGCCUAUGACAAGGGAUGGAGAGUGCGUACUGACUUCAAGCAAUACCAGGUACUCAAGCAGAACCCAUUCUGGUGGACUCACCAACGUCACGACGGGAAGCUAUGGAACCUCAACAACUAUCGUACGGACAUGAUCCAAGCACUGGGCGGAGUCGAGGGUAUCCUGGAGCACACCCUCUUCAGAGGAACGUACUUCCCUACCUGGGAGGGUCUGUUCUGGGAGAAGGCCAGUGGCUUCGAGGAGUCCAUGAAGUACAAGAAGCUGACUCAUGCUCAGAGGUCUGGACUCAACCAGAUCCCCAACAGAAGGUUCACACUCUGGUGGUCUCCCACCAUCAACAGGGCUAACGUGUACGUUGGUUUCCAAGUGCAGCUGGACUUGACCGGUAUCUUCAUGCACGGCAAGAUCCCCACUCUCAAGAUAUCUCUCAUUCAGAUCUUUAGAGCUCAUUUGUGGCAGAAAGUGCACGAGAGUGUCGUCAUGGAUCUCUGUCAGGUGUUUGACCAGGAGCUAGAUGCGCUGGAGAUAAACACGGUCCAGAAGGAGACCAUUCAUCCCAGGAAGUCCUACAAGAUGAACAGUUCUUGUGCUGACAUCCUUCUCUUUGCUACCUACAAGUGGAAUGUCUCCAAACCCUCUCUGUUGGCAGACACAAGAGAUGUAAUGGAUGCCACGACGACCCAGAAGUACUGGGUGGACGUGCAGCUGCGUUGGGGGGACUACGACAGCCACGAUGUAGAGCGCUACUCUCGAGCCAAGUUCCUCGACUAUACCACAGACAACAUGAGUAUCUACCCCUCCCCUACCGGUGUCAUGGUCGCCAUUGAUCUCGCCUACAACCUGCACAGUGCAUUUGGGAACUGGAUCCCUGGAAUGAAACCUCUCGUCCACCAGGCCAUGGGCAAGAUAAUGAAGGCUAACCCCGCCCUCUAUGUGUUGAGGGAGAGGGUUCGUAAAGCCCUCCAGCUGUACUCCAGUGAACCCACUGAGCCGUAUCUCUCCUCCCAGAACUACGGAGAGCUGUUCUCCAAUCAGAUCAUCUGGUUCGUGGACGACACCAACGUGUACAGAGUCACUAUUCACAAGACAUUUGAAGGUAACCUCACCACCAAGCCCAUCAAUGGAGCCAUCUUUAUCUUCAACCCUCGUACUGGACAACUGUUCCUCAAGAUUAUUCACACGAGUGUGUGGGCGGGACAGAAGCGUCUCGGACAGUUGGCCAAAUGGAAGACUGCCGAAGAAGUGGCCGCUCUUAUCAGAUCUCUGCCAGUGGAGGAACAACCCAAGCAGAUUAUUGUCACUCGUAAAGGAAUGUUGGACCCUCUGGAGGUGCACUUGUUGGACUUCCCUAACAUUGUGAUCAAAGGCAGUGAGUUGCAGCUGCCCUUCCAGGCCUGCCUCAAGGUGGAGAAGCUGGGUGACCUCAUUCUCAAGGCCACAGAGCCACAGAUGGUCCUGUUCAACCUGUACGAUGAUUGGCUCAAGAGUAUCUCCUCCUAUACUGCAUUCUCUCGUUUGAUUCUGAUUCUGCGAGCCCUCCACGUAAACACAGACCGUACCAAGGUCAUCUUGAAGCCGGACAAAACCACCAUCACGGAGGCCCAUCACAUCUGGCCCACCCUCACUGACGAGGAGUGGAUACGUGUAGAGGUGGCCCUCAAGGACCUCAUCUUGGCAGACUAUGGCAAGAAGAACAAUGUGAACGUGGCAUCCCUGACACAGUCUGAGAUUCGAGACAUUAUCCUGGGAAUGGAGAUCAGCGCUCCCUCUCAACAGAGACAGCAGAUUGCAGAGAUCGAGAAACAGACGAAGGAGCAAAGUCAGAUCACAGCCACCACCACUCGUACUGUCAACAAACACGGAGAUGAGAUAAUCGUCACGACAACCUCGAAUUACGAGAGGACAACAUUUUCGUCCAAGACAGAGUGGCGUGUGAGGGCUAUAUCUGCCACUAACCUUCACCUCAGGACCAACCACAUCUAUGUCUCCUCUGACGAUAUCAAAGAGACGGGGUUCACUUACAUCCUCCCCAAGAACAUCCUCAAGAAGUUCAUCAUCAUCUCCGACCUUAGAACCCAAAUUUCUGGCUACCUGUACGGAGUAUCCCCACCUGACAACCCUCAAGUCAAGGAGAUACAUUGUAUUGUCAUGGUACCACAAUGGGGCACCCACCAGAAUGUACAUCUGCCACACCAACUACCCUCCCACGAGUACCUCAAGGACAUGGAGCCACUGGGCUGGGUCCACACACAACCCAACGAGCUCCCUCAACUCUCCCCUCAAGACGUCACUGCUCACGCUAAAAUAAUGGCCGACAAUCCUAACUGGGACGGGGAGAAGACGAUAGUCAUCACCUGCAGCUUCACUCCUGGUUCUUGCUCACUCACUGCCUACAAACUAACACCCUCAGGCUUUGAGUGGGGUAAGAGCAACAAGGACACGGGCAACAAUCCCCAUGGUUACCUGCCCUCGCAUUACGAGAAAAUUCAGAUGCUCCUCUCUGAUCGAUUCCUCGGGUUCUUCAUGGUACCUGCUCAGGGAUCAUGGAACUACAACUUCAUGGGUGUUCGCCACUCUGCGACCAUGCAUUAUGAGUUGGUGCUGGCCAACCCCAAAGAGUUCUACCACGAGGGACAUCGCCCCGCCCACUUUAUGAACUUCAGCUCGGUUGAGGACAUUGAACCAGUAACAGCUGACAGAGAGGAUAUGUAUGCAUAGAGACACACUAAUGAACUGAACUGCUGUUUGCAUGACAUUGAAAUCACAUAAUUUAUACGUAAUUAUAAUGAUUUUGUUGUACAUGUACAUGAAAUUAAUUAUGUAUGUGGUAUUAAUCGUCAAACGAAAA